AAGUGGCCGGAAGUAGAAAGAGGGCGGGGGAAGCGUUGAGGGCGAGGCGCCGCCCGGCGGAGAAGGAGAGCGCAAGCAGGCGAGGUGGCGGCACCACAAAAUGGCGGCGGGGUCAGGCAGCGCGGCGGCUGUGGCGGCGGUAACGGGCAGCGGCCCUGCGGGGCCUCACGCUGCCGGCGGUACGGCGGGCGGCGCCACAGCGGGGAGCGGCGCGCCGGUACCGGGCCCCGGGGCGGUGCUGAUCGGGGACCGGCUGUACUCGGGUGUGCUGAUCACGCUGGAGAACUGCCUGCUGCCCGAGCACACGCUGCGCUUCACCCCGUCCAUGAGCAGCGGCCUCGACCCCGACACGGAGACCGAGCUGCGCGUCACCGGCUGCGAGCUCAUCCAGGCGGCCGGCAUCCUGCUCCGCCUCCCGCAGGUCGCUAUGGCUACAGGACAGGUGCUAUUUCAGCGUUUCUUCUAUACCAAGUCUUUUGUGAAGCAUUCCAUGGAGCACGUGUCAAUGGCCUGUGUUCAUCUGGCAUCCAAAAUCGAGGAGGCACCGAGACGCAUCAGGGAUGUAAUCAAUGUGUUCCAUCGUCUUCGACAUCUGCGAGAGAAAAAAAAGCCUGUACCUUUAAUACUGGAUCAAGAAUACGUGAACUUGAAGAACCAAAUUAUUAAGGCAGAAAGAAGAGUUUUAAAGGAGUUGGGAUUUUGUGUUCAUGUAAAGCAUCCUCAUAAGAUAAUCGUUAUGUACCUUCAGGUAUUAGAAUGUGAACGUAACCAACACCUGGUCCAGACUUCAUGGAAUUACAUGAAUGAUAGCCUGAGAACAGAUGUCUUUGUAAGAUUUCAGCCAGAAAGCAUUGCCUGUGCAUGUAUAUACCUUGCAGCUAGAACAUUGGAGAUUCCGCUUCCUAAUCGUCCACAUUGGUUUUUACUCUUUGGGACAACAGAAGAGGAGAUACAAGAAAUCUGCUUAAAAAUUUUGCAGCUCUAUACUAGGAAAAAGGUUGAUUUGUCUGAUUUGGAAAGUAAAAUAGAGAAGAAGAAAUUAGCAAUUGAAGAGGCAAAAGCACAAGCUAAAGGUCUACUACCUGAAGGAGCCCCGGUUCUGGAUAACACGUCAGGAUUUUCCCCUCUACCUAAAAAUGAGUCUCCGAAAGAGGCUAAAGGAAAUAAACCUUCACCUCUCCCUGUUCAAGCAAUGAAGAAUGCUAAAAGGAAAGCAGAAGGAGCAAAAAGAACCGGUUCGAAUAGCCCAGUAAAUGGGGUUCAGAAAAGCAGGGAAAGCAGAAGUCGAAGUGGGAGUAGAGAUCAAAGUUAUUCAAGAUCACCAUCCAGAUCUGCAUCCCCUAAACACAGGAAAAGUGAAAGUUACUCCACAUCCAGUGGUUCCAAAUCCCACAGCCGCUCCCGGAGUCGCAGCGACUCUCCUCCCAGGCAAUUCAACCACAGCUCGACUUACAAAACUUCCAAGAUGAGAAGUUACAAGAAAUCAAAAGACUAUAAAUACUCAGCACACAAAACACGGAAAUCACGCAGCAGGAGUUCGUCCCGAUCCAGGAGCCGAUCCCGGGAGCGUUCCGACCACUCGGGGAAGUACAAGAAGAAGAGUCACUACUACAGGAAUCACAGGCACGAGCGUUCUCGUUCCUACGAGCGAGCAGCUCAUCGUUACGACAGAGACCAUCCUGGCCACAGCAGGCACAGGAGAUGAGCAGUGUGAGAUGUUCUUUCCUUUGGAAUUUGAGCAGUGGAGCUCUUCCCCAUUUGGCCUUUGCAGCGUAGGGUUAACCUGGCUUGUAAACCACUUGGUCUCAGUAAAGUCUGUGUUAACUGGUAAUUCUGUGCUUGCUGUCAUGUAUCCAAAGGAAAGAUACUAACAAGA